GGAAUACAAGGGACUAACAAAAAAAAAAACUUAAAAAUUUUUUAACGAUUUUAUACUUGGCCACUACAAGCUAGCAGCUGCAGAAACAGCUGUUGAGACCGCCAAAUUUUUGCAAAAAAUGUAAUGAAAGCCGGCGACGCCGCGCCAUUUUUCAUUUCCAAAACUUGCAAAUGCCUUCACCCAUUGCCGACGACAUUCCAGCUGCCAAAAAGAUGAAGAUCGACAAGUGCGUCCUGCGAUUCGCCAAGCUCACAGAACAAGCCCUGGAGCCGGUCCGUGGAUCCGCAAAGGCUGCAGGUGUGGAUCUUCGCAGUGCUUACGACUUAGUUGUCCCUGCCCGUGGCAAGGCCAUCGUCAAAACUGACCUACAAGUCCAGGUCCCAGAGGGUUCCUACGGACGAGUGGCUCCGCGGUCUGGUUUGGCGGUUAAGAACUUCAUCGACGUGGGUGCCGGAGUGGUAGAUGAAGAUUACCGUGGUAACCUCGGCGUCGUUCUAUUUAACCAUUCCGACGUGGACUUUGAGGUGAAACGCGGAGACCGCAUUGCUCAGUUUAUCUGCGAGCGCAUUUUCUAUCCAGAGUUGGAGCUGGUCGAUAAGCUAGAGGAUACCGAGCGUGGAGAAGGAGGAUUUGGCUCCACCGGCGUCAAGGAUCUACCGCAAGCCAAGGCGCAAAACGGCAACGGGGAGAAGGUGUCUGAGCCUGAGCCUGCAUCUGUUUAACUUUAAAUCAUCUUAGUAUUAAGCGAAAUGUUCGACAUUCGGCUCCAUAACAGGGACCUCCAUCUAGUUCCAAAAUCCAUAAAGUUCCAAAAGCAUUGAAAACUA